AUGCGGGAGAAGAAACUCACCACAGUGCCCCCCAGCAUAAGAGACGAUGAGUUUGAGGAUUAUUUAGCAACUGAUGAUAUGCUUGUAGACUUCUUUAAUGAAUUCUUGAAUCUCCCCACCUUUGCAGAGCCAAUUAAGUUUAAUCCUGACUUUGGCGUUUUUGAAGUUGCUACCGAUGCCCCACAGCACCUGGAAAACCAGCUGAAAAAGAUGUUGCGUGAAAAGAAACCUCGGAAUCCCAUUUACGAUGUCAUAAGGCCAGUAAAGCAAGAAAUUCCAGACCUCAGACCUGUUCCCCCUCCCCCACCAAUGUUAAAUUUUGACCCGAAUUAUUCAACAAUGUGUCUGGACCGAGAGCAGGCUAUUGCGUGGAUUAAGAAGGAAAGAUUCCCAUCGUUUUUAGAGAGCGACUGUUACUUUGAAUACAGGUUAGCUAAGCUGAUAUCUCAGGUGGAGUGGAGCAGAACUGGCGUCAACGUUGUUAUAGAUAAAACGUAUUAUCCUUGGUUCACCAAAAGCCUACCACCCUCAGAAACCUCUGAAGAGAAUGAAAAUGACUUAAUUAUGAAAAAGUUCUACGUCUCUCUUGGCCAGGCUACUGUCACCCAGACACGGGAUUGGUUUACUUUAGCCAAGCUAAGUCAGCGCAUGAUUACUACGGAUUCUUUUACUCAUCCUGUGGCAUCUUCCCACGUUCAUUUUUCUCCUUGGCCUUCAGAGUCAUCUUCAAUCCUAGAUUUCAGGGGAGUACAAGGGAUGCCUAGUGUUUCAUCCACCAUUCUCCAUGCUGCUGCCCUUGGAGAACCAGAAACCAGGAUGAGGAAGAAGCGCACCCAGUCUGGUACAUCACUUCUUCAGAGGGUAGUAGCUAGAAGAAGCAUAGAUGAGGGCCACUCUGUGUCUCUUCCUGAUACUCCUUCAAGCACUGUCUUAAGAGCGUAUGUAGGGCAGGACUGGGAUGCUGCCCUUCAAGGAGCAAAGAACAAGGAACUUGACCAACAACCCAUGUAUUUUCAAACAGUAGAUGAGUUUUCAUUAGCCUAUGCUCAGUAUAUACUUAGCAGCUCUGUAGCGCAGGUUACUGGGCAGACGCACAAAGCCAGCCCACCUGCUAUCGACUUCGACGGAAUGUCUAGAGUGUUUAUAGUUGAGAUAGCAAACAUUCAACCUUUCAUGGAACCACUCGAACCAAAACCUCCACUUCCUGCGGAUGAUAUACCAGAUAAGGGGAGCGAAAUAAGCGCUAGUACAAAAUCUGAAAAGGAUAACACUGAAAGCAGGGCUGCCUGGUGUCUUAGCCACAAGACUUAUGAUAUUGGCAACAGGCAUGAAUUUGAAAGGUUCAAGAGGUUCAUCAAAGGAACUUUGGGAGAAAGGUACUUGCGGCUUUGGAUGGACAUUGAAAGACUAAAGGUUCUGCGGGAUCCUAAAAGACAAAGAAGACAGCUUGAUAAAAUGAAAAAAAUCUACUUAGUGAGCAAUGGAGAUUAUUUCCUUACCACUGAAGUUUUGAUGAAGCUAAACCUGAUUGAUGGGGACCAGUGGAACAUGUAUAACUUAAGACGUGCUCAACCUGAAGUAGUGAAACCUUUGCUUCUUUACUGGGGUCCCCGGUUUUGUGUUAUCCAUACAGGAGCCACACAGGAUGUCAGCGCCAAACUGAAAAUCUGGCAUUCUCGGCAACAGAAGCCACGUAUGGAUGUGGAUCCAUUCCCACAGAUGGUGUCACUGUUGCCACUGAGAGCUAAAUCUUGCAUGCCAAAAAUAGCACAGCCCCAGAGAGGAGAAACGGGAUCACCACCACCACCGAAAGGAGCUAUGUUGGAUCAGCAGAUGCCUUCCAGAAUGUUAUCAGCAGUCCUGCCCCGGAGCCAAAGUGCUAUUCAGGAAGAUCCUGCCCUCCUCUUGAGUUCAAUGGAUGUUGACAAGAAGCGGCCAGCAACAGCUGCUCAUAUGACAACAAUUCCUGACAAAACAGAUUAUCUGAUGCCAAAGCUAGAUAGAAAAUACACCUACGCGGAAAUGAUCCCUGGCACGACCACAGCUGUUUCAGAACUGGGAAGUUCUGUAAUGGAAAGAAUGCUUCAGUCCCUUAACGUGGAGAGCAGAUCAGGCUACAUCUUUACUGAAUUCUGUGAAAAGUCAGAAAAUAAGCUGUGGAAGAACAGCGCAUAUUUUUGGUUUGACCUGCAGGAUUAUCACCAGCUUUUCUAUCAAGAAACCAUCCACCCUUUCAAAGUGGGCCAGCAAGCUCAAUUUCUUUAUGCCAAUUACAUUGCUCCUUCUGCUAGCAUGGAUAUUGGACUGCAACAGAUCACAAAAAAUGAGAUUUACCAGAAAAUUGAGCCACCGUUUGAGGAUCUUUUCGACUCAGCAGAAGAAUACAUCCUCACCCUUCUUUUAGAUCCAUGGAUGAAGAUGGUAGAACAAGACAGAAAAACUUACGGGCAGGUGGAGCUGGUGGAAGAAACUCGACAGCUGGACUCAGUGUACUUUAGAAAGCUGCAGGCUUUGCAUGGAGACAGCAUUUCCAAGAAGGAUGAGGUUUCAGCUGUCAAAGAAGAGGAGAUCCCAUUGCAACCUGAACCUACCCUAGUCACAGUACCCCCAAGUCAAGCACUUCCUGAAGAAGUUACGUCAUAUAGCAUUCACGACCUGUUAAAGAAGAAACUGGAGCUGGAAGCUUUCCGGACUUUCCUUGAACUGCAGUCUGCAAGCAUCGACCUCACGUGCUGGCUAGACAUUGAACAGUUCCGUAGGAUGCUUCACAGAAAUAAAGAAAUGAGAGAAGCGAAAUCUAAGGACAUUAAGAAUAAAUAUUUGAAUAGGAAAUACUUCUUUGGGCCUGACAGUCCAGCUACAAAAAUGGAGCAAGAGGAGAUAAUGAAAUCGGGUGGAGGCUGGGGGUAUUUACUUCACGAACAAGUCGUUCCUGUGAUCCUGCUGGAGGUUCAAAAGUGCGUUCAGAGGAGACUAGAGAAGCAGUGGAUGCCACUAUUUUAUACAAGCGAAGAAUCUGGAGCACAGACAAGGGUAAAGCCACACCUCCAAGAUGCAGCAGAAGAUAUCUUAAUUCAAAGACUUGAGAAGAGAGCAGAAGCAUGGAAGCAUUUGGAGAGUAAGUGGGUUUCUUCAUCUCGGGAAAUAAUUACUUUCCGCAAAGCCCUGUUGAAUCCAAUCACAGCCUAUCAGUUUCAACGCUAUGUGUCUCUGAAAGGAGAUUUACUGGAGAAUGGAGUGAUCUUCUGGCAGGAGGUGCAGAAAUAUAAGGACUUGUGCCAUUCCCACUGUGACAGUGCUAUCAUCCAGAAUAAGAUCACGACCAUCAUCAACUGCUUCAUAAAUUCUGCCAUUCCACCAGCUCUUCAGAUUGACAUACCUGAGGAGCAGGCCCAGAAGAUCAUUGAGCACAGGAAAGAGCUAGGCCCUUAUGUGUUUAGAGAGGCACAGAUGACUAUUUUUGCUCUUCUGUUUAAAUUUUGGCCACAAUUUUGUGAGUUCCGAAGCAAUUUGGCUGAUGAGAAGAUUUUGCCUCUUCUGGAGAAGCGAAGAGAAAAGAAGCUGAGAAAAACAAGAGAAACAGAUGACAGGGCAUUUGGGAAGAGAACUCCCAUGUCUGCUAAGAUGGGUUCUGUUCUUGAGAGUAAAAUGAGUAAAAGUGAGCUUUCAUCCUCGCCGAGCUUUACUGAAUAUGGCCGACAGGUUUCCUGGUCUUAUUCAAAGUACCUAGAAGCUCUCCAGCAGGAAAGAGUUCUUCUGAAGAUCCAAGAUGACCUGGAUAAAAAAUCAAUAGCAUCAUCAGCGUAUACAGAGCUCUCAAACCUUCUCACGCUGAAGAGCGAUCAGUCAGAAAAACCCAUGAUCACAACAACUUACAGCUCUGCUUUUGUGAAACGUCCAUUUAAUCCCAAAGACGGUGAAAGAACUCCAAAACUUUAAGCGUGGAAUGUGAUGAAGACAUGAUGGAUUUGCUGCUACUCUGGGAGCAGUCCAACACAGAAAUAAACUAUUGUGGGCAAUUUGCUUGUACCCUGGUUCCUUCAGUGGCAAGGGGGGCAUUGGCCUUAUUUAUUGUGCUAUUAUGUGCUACAGUUCCCCCCGCCCCUUUGUGGGGUGGAGAUUUUGUCCAUCAACACAACAGUAUGAAGUAUGUGUAAGGGAAUGGCCAUAGUUCAACAGAUGCUUUGCAUGGAAAAGUUCCUUGAUUAGAUCCCUGGUAUUUCCAGGUAGGGAAAGGCUCAUUGCUAGUCAGUGUAGACAAUAACUGAAUUAUAUGGACUAAUAGUCUUGGUUUAAGAUAGCUAUCUGUGCUCAACUUCCCUUUGAAACAUAAAUCUUGGUGCAGCUCAGAGCCAAAGGGGGAGGGAUCCAGAUGGCUUGUGAGUCUGCUGAUGGUUGGGAAUGAUAUUAGCAAGAGGGUCUGUUAGCACCAUUCCAACAUAUCA